GUGCGAGAGAGGGUCCGCUCUGGGCGUUUCCUCUCGUCUCCUCCGGGUCCAGUUCGUGGGCGAUGCGGUGGCUGCAGUGGCUGCGACGCUGCCGGCGGAGGCUCUUCCUUCCCUCUGGCUGCCUCUCAGCUCCUUCGCCGCCCUCUUGCUCCUCCAAGGCCGGCUCCCCUGGGCUCCGGAGCCCUCGCCCUCCUCCUCCUCCUCCUCCUCCUCCUCCUCCUCCUCAUAAGAGCCAGGAGCGACCCUCGGGAUUCGCCGCCUAUAAACAUGCAGAUGGAGGAAAGAAGAAGACCACUAUUUGUAUCGAGGGGAACAUUGCAAGUGGCAAAACAACAUGCCUGCAAUAUUUUGCUAAAAAUACCGGCAUCGAGGUGUUGACUGAACCGGUGUCUAAAUGGAGAGAUGUUCGUGGCCAUAAUCCUCUGAGUUUAAUGUAUCAAGAUGCAACACGAUGGGGCAUAACGUUACAGACAUAUGUGCAGCUUACAAUGUUGGAUCAGCAUAUGAGGCCAAUGAUUUCUCCCAUAAGAAUGAUGGAGAGGUCAAUUCACAGUGCAAAAUACAUAUUUGUAGAAAACUUGUAUCGAAGUGGGAAAAUGCCAGAAGUGGAUUAUGUAGUAUUGACAGAAUGGUUUGAAUGGAUCAUAAAGAACAUGAAUAUUUCAGUUGAUCUGAUAGUUUAUCUACAAACCUCUCCUGAGAGAUGUUUCGAGCGACUGAAAAGGCGGUGCAGGGAGGAGGAAAAGGUCAUUCCUGUGGAAUAUUUAGAAGCUAUUCAUCAGCUCUAUGAAGAGUGGCUCAUUAAACAAACCCUGUUUAAAGUUCCUUCUCCAGUGCUUGUGCUGCAGGCUGACCAUGACCUAGAGGAUAUGCUGGAGACAUACGAAGAAAACCAGGACCGAAUCUUAACCCCCUGCAAUAUGCAACAUUGUCAGUAGAAACUGAUUUAUUGUAUUAUGUACAGUUUACUGUGUACACACCAGUUCUUAGGUUGUAGGUGUAAACCAGAGAGAGGCACAAUAUGCCCUACAUGUGCAAUUGGGGUUUUUAACCCUUUGCACCAAUACCUUUUGUGCAGCCUUGAAAUUCAGUUUGGUAGCAGUCUUGUGUGAGUUUGUGACCUCUCACUGACACUAAAAGGGGCUGUCUGGAUUCCCUAGGCCUGGGAGAACACUGGGUCUUCACGCACUGGUCCUUCUGAAUGGACAUUGCCAUGCAUCCCGUGUCCCUUGAAGCUUGCUAAGCAGUUUGAAAAUUAAAUAGAAGUAGUUUCUAAAAGGAGGAAAAGAAAACUUCCCUGCCUGAACUAGUUCCUACCAUCUCAUCCUCAGUUUGUACUGUAGGCAGCUGUUCAACUCAGUCCUAGACUGUUUAUCGAACUUGGGGCAGUUUGACAGAACAGGUUGGACUUUUGUCAAAUGACCAACUUCUGGCAGGAGACCUGAGGAAAAACAAUGUAAGCACAUGUAAGGUGUGUGUAUACUUACGUAAUGUGUCCUUUUUUGUUUCUGAAUGACUCGUUUUUUGUAGUUCUAAUAUUUAAUGUCUUUUUUUUAAUGGGAACAUAUUAUUUCUGUUGGGUAAGAACUUAAAAGGAUUUAAGAAUUAUUACUCUCACUCUUCCCAUUUGUAUUUUUACACUGUUUUUUUUGUUUUAUAAAAUGUUGUUGGUUAUAGA